AUGACGCACAUGCUGCCGCCGAAUCUACAGCGGCUCUUCACGCCACGACCGCCGGUGGACUAUGUGACGCCAUUGCACUAUGACAAGAAUCCCAUGGCAAAGCCUGAGAAUGCAAACCCCAAAAAGGCACGCAAGCUCACGGGGGUAUCAGAAGUCCUCGAGAGAGUCAAGCAGGAAGCUGCGGACCGCGGAGAGGCGACAGACGCGGAUGCAGAUAUGAAGUUCUCCCUUACGGAGCAGACCAAGCGAGAGAUCAGGCGGGAAGAGAAGAAGAAGCAGGUGGAGGAGGAAAAGAAGCAUAAUCCCAAAGAAGAUGCGCACACGACUGGUGAUCCUUUCAAGACCCUUUUCAUCGGUCGACUUUCUUAUGAGGUCGCCGAAGACGACUUGCGGAAAGAAUUUGAUCGGUAUGGGCCAAUUGAAGUCGUAAGGCUCGUGACAGACCAAGAGGGCAAGAGCAGAGGAUACGCUUUCAUUGUGUAUGAGCGAGAGAAGGACAUGCGAGCCGCGUACAAAUCGGCAGAAGGGAUGAAGCUUCGAGGGAGACGGAUACUCGUCGAUGUUGAGCGGGGAAGGACUGUCACAGGGUGGAAACCCAUGCGACUAGGAGGCGGACUAGGCGGAAGUGCGCGCAAACCAAAAAAACCUGUCGAGCCGGAGCCUUUCAUGGGAGGUGCGUCGAUCAUAAUGACACGAGACAGUUUCUGGCGUCCUUGCACUGACUGA